AUGAGUUCAUUACUAAACGCACCCAUUUUCUCAACACAUUUUAUCGACUUUGUCACAGAUUCACGUUCUAUGACUGUUCUCAGAGUCAUUACAUCCACAAAAGGAGACGAGGAGUCCACCAAACUUGAAGAAGUGCCUGAACUCAAAGGAGGUGCCAGGCUGAAGAAGUCGAUCGGUUUGCUGAGCAGCACCACAAUCGUUGUCGGUUCAGUUAUCGGAUCUGGAAUCUUCGUGAGUCCUCAGGGUAUUCUUGCAAUGACGAAUAGUUUUGGAGCCAGUAUAAUCGUGUGGAUUGCGUGUGGAUUAUUCUCACUGGUGGGUGCCUACUGCUACGCCGAAUUGGGUACCAUGAUGCCCAGAUCAGGAGCGGACUACUCAUACGUACAUGAGGCUUUCGGACCAUUUUUCGGAUUCAUUCGUCUAUGGAUUGACGUCAGUGUUGCACAACCUGUUGCUGCUGCCAUCAUUUCCAUGGUAUUCGCCAACUACCUAUUGAAACCGGCCUUCCCAACAUGCGCGGAAUCGCCUCCUGCUGCUGUAAGGCUACUUGCGUGUGUAUGUGUGAUCACCGUCGGAUUUAUCAACUGUAUGUCAGUUAGAUGGUCAACGCGAACGCAAAACAUAUUCACUUUCGCCAAAGUCGCAGCGCUGGUAAUGAUCAUCAUAACUGGUUUUGUUCAAAUUGGACGGGGUCGAACCGAGGAAUUUCAAGAUCCAUUUGAAGGCUCCAAUUGGAAUCCAGGCAGUUUGACUGUGGCUUUCUACAAUGGGUUGUUUGCUUACUCCGGUUGGAACAGCCUUAACUGCAUGAUUGAGGAGAUGAAGAACCCACGGCGUGAUCUGCCUAUCGCCAUCAUUGUGUCGUGCCUGAUAAUCACAAUCAUCUAUACGAUGGCGAACGUGGCCUAUGCGACUGUGUUAACGAUUCCAGAAAUAUUGAACUCGGACGCCGUUGCUGUAUCCUUCGCGAUUCGGAUUUACGGGCCAGCCUGGUGGAUCAUGCCAAUAUUUGUGGCCCUCUCAACUUUCGGUGGCGUAAACGGGAGCGUCAUGACAACUUCACGCAUGUUCUUUGUAGCCAGCCAACAGAAUCAAAUGCCGAAAUUGUUGUCGUUUCUCCAGACGUCCAGCUUGACACCCGUUCCGGCAAUUGUGUUUAUGUGCGGCGUCACAAUCGUUUACGUGGGUAUCGGCGAAAUCAGUUCACUAAUGAAUUAUCUGGGCUUUGUCAAAUGGUUAGCCGUUGGAAUCUCGGUACUAAUAGUCAUCAUCUUUCGAUUCACAAGGCGAACGAUGGAAAGACCAGUGAAA